AUGGCUCGCGCGAUCUCUCCGCCGUCCGAGACAGCUUCGCGAUCCUCCUUCUCGUCGGUGCGAGAAAACGACGAUGGAAUUGCCCAGACCUUCACCCGAUCCAAGAUCUCGUCGUACACGGAGGUGCCCGAGGAUGUCUUUGACGAAUCACCAGUGGCCGAGCUGCCUCAGUCGGCCUUUCACCAACCCUUGACGCAGCCAAACAGCAAGCUCCAUGGCUUCUGGUAUCCCGCCGAGGGCUUCAGAGGAUGGAGGGAGAUUCCGCUCAAGGGACGGACGGCCAGCCGCAGCUGCGAAGAUCUGCACAAGCUGCAUAUGACUUGGGAGACGCCAGCUCCUGUUAUUGUCAACAAGCCUCACGAAGCCUAUCCGACGACUGCAUCGCCUCUCGAACAGCUGCCCAGCGAAGUGCUAGGUGCCAUCAUCGAUCUUCUAUUCAUCGAGCUUCCUCCCAAUGGAUUGACCACUCGCAACGCCGACCUCAUGUCCCUACUCCUCACAUCCCGAUCUCUUCACGCGGCCACCCUCACCACUCUCUACCGACACAUUACUAUUCCCCACUCUCGAAUCUUCCGCAAGUUCCUGGCCACUAUUACGGCAUACCCGUCGUUGGCGACCAUUGUGCGGCGCCUCGACUUUAGUCACUUCAACCCCUCCAUGUUCUUCACCACUGCCAGCGAGAGGGCACAGGCAAAAAAUCUGACAUCAGAGACGCUUGUCCAGUGCCUUAAGCUGACUCCUUAUCUUCAAGAGUUUCUGGUCCAGGAGUACAUCGACGAAGAUCUUAGCACCGAUGUACUGCGCCAACUCUUCUUCAACUCCCCCCAACUCCGCGCAUUAGACUUUUGUGGCUGCUCUUCCCUCUCUUUCAAGACCUCGUUCACCAACGUAUUGAAAGACGAGUGGCCCGAAACUCUAUCCGUCACAAAGUUGUCUUUCCACAAGUGUCUCAGCCUACCCUCGUCUGUCUUUGAGAAGAUUCUUCCUCGACUGCCUCGAUUGACUCACUUGGACGUUGCGGGUACACGCAUCACCGACCAAGCCCUUCUCUCCAUCCCUGCAUCUGCGAGACUCACUCACCUUAAUCUCGCCAAGUGCAAGGAUCUAUCUGCAGAGGCCGUUCUGCAAUUCAUCUCGUCUCACCCCGCGGCCAAAUCCCUGAUAUUCCUCAGCCUUGCCACCGAUGCGAGCAACCACUUGUUACUGGGCAAGGAAGAUGUGGACCAGCUUCUACCAAAGCUGCCAAACACUCUGCGUUCGCUGAGCCUGCGGGGCAGCCGAAUGGAGUCCUCACACCUGCCUGAGCUUAUCAGACUCUCUCAGUCUCUGGAGGAGCUCGCUCUCGGUCGUGGCUUGGGUAUGGCCGAUAUUCAAGGCCUCUUCUACCAGGGCCAAAAAGCCCUCCCUCAUAAUCUGAAAUUCCUCGAUAUUUCAGACAUCGAUACUCUCAUCGGAAGCGCCAGUGAAUUGCUGGCCCCCGCCUCGGCCCCGCUUCAUGUGAUUGAAAUCGGCGAGCGGUCCUAUGAACGGGCUGCCAAGGUGAACAAGAAUCUCGAGCGUGUAGGCUGGACUGCCAAAGAGUUUGGUAGCCGCUACUGGCUUGUACGGAGAAACCCGGACGGCACGACUCAGGAUAACGGAGGCCGCCUGUGGAAGAUGGGCGCCGACAGCUGGGGAAUGAGAAAGAUCCCCGUCGCCGUGGCCGAAGUCGGCGGCAUGUAUGGCUCCUUCAUGUUUGGACGACGUCUCUAA